CGUCUUGACCGGUGCGCAAGGUGCUGCUGCUACUGCUGAGGCUACUGCAGAGGACGGCUUUCGGAGCAGUAGGACCAGCAGGACAGUCCGGUCCCCGGUGCCCCGUUGCAGUAAGGGGUGGAACGGGGGCAACGGCUGUAGGGGCGUGUGUGUGUGUGUGUGUGUUUCUUCCAGUGCUUUUUGUUUUAAUUGCUGGCUUGUUCGCUUUUCGGUCGAUCGAUCCAGGUCCAGGUUGUUCCACGGGCGAAUCGAAAUCGAAUCAAACAAAGUGCCCCGCACACGCACACCGCUGCGUUUGCGUUUAAUUAAAUUAAAGGAAGCGAAUCCAAAUUCGAAACCGCUGCCGAUCGGUGUGCGCACGAGGGGCCCGCUCGAUCUCGCCAUUUUUGGGCGCCACACACGCAGACAGGACCAUCGUCGGAGCGAGUACCCGCACGGGUGCCCCACGCGUCAGUCUAACCGUCGGCUCGGUGCGGGACGGAUGGUCCCGAGGAUGUGAAUGUGAAGUGCCUGCUAGUGUUGCUGUUGGGACCUCUCGGGUGCGGGCACGUUACUUAAACCUCUACCGUGUGCGCGUGUCUGUGUGCAGGUGUCGGUGUGUGUGUGUGUGUGUGAGUGUGGGGAGGGGCCGUCACAACAAUCGCACGAUGAAGAAGGCGACCGAGUCGCGGGAGAACCUCGUCAACUCGGCGGUGUCGCUCGAGGACGGCACCACCGAGCCGGUGGACGAUCAUCCCUCCACGCUCCGGUCGAUGAAGAGCGCCGCGUCCGAGUUUGACCUCGACAUCCAGGACAUCGUGCUGACCAAGACGGAGAAGCGCUUCCUGCUCACCGCGGAACGGGGCGAUUGCGCAACCGUAAGAAGAAUCAUCCAGGAAAACAAGGAACACCCGGAAGAGUUCGACAUCAACUGUGUGGACCCGCUCAACCGCUCCGCCCUGAUAGCGGCCAUCGAAAACGAGAACAUCGAGCUGAUCAAUCUGCUGCUACGCGAAGGUAUCAAAGUCAAGGAUGCACUGCUGCACGCCAUCAAGGAGGAGUACGUGGAGGCGGUCGAGACGCUGCUGCUGUGGGAGGAGGAAAACCAUGUACCGGGCGAACCCUACAGCUGGGAGGCGGUCGACCGGUCCUCGUCGUCCUUUACCGCCGACAUUACGCCGCUGAUACUGGCGGCACACAAAAACAACUACGAGAUACUCAAAAUUCUGCUCGACCGCGGUGCCACCCUGCCCAUGCCGCAUGACGUUCGGUGCGGCUGCGACGAGUGUGUUACCUCGAGCGAGCAGGACUCGCUCCGCCACUCGCAGUCGCGCAUCAACGCGUACAAGGCGCUCUCGUCCAGCUCGCUGAUAGCGCUCAGCUCGAAGGAUCCCAUCUCGACCGCGUUCCAUCUGUCGUGGGAGCUGCGGCGCCUCAGCCGCAUGGAGACGGAGUUCCGCGCCGAGUACACGCAAAUGCGGCUUGCGGUGCAGGAGUUCGCGACGGCCCUGCUCGACCACGCACGCACCUCCAACGAGCUGGAGAUCAUGCUCAACUUUAGCCCGGGCGCGGUCGACAACUGGGAACCGGGCGAGCGGCAAACGCUCGAGCGGCUGAAGCUCGCCCUCAACCACAAGCAAAAGAUGUUCGUCGCACAUCCGAACGUGCAGCAGCUACUGGCGGCGAUCUGGUACGAGGGGCUGCCGGGCUUCCGGCGCAAAUCUAUCCUCGGCCAGAUCAUGCAGGUCGCGAAGCUGGGCACAAUGUUUCCUGUCUACAGCAUGAUCUACAUGAUAGCGCCCAACUCCGAGAUGGGUCUGUUCAUGAAGAAACCGUUCGUCAAGUUUAUCGUCCAUUCGGCUAGCUACGCGUUCUUUCUAAUGCUGCUUGGCGGUGCGUCACAGCGCGUCGAGUACCUCGCGAUCGAGUGGUUCGGGCCGGACUGGGCCCAGGACAUACUGGCGGAGUGGAAGCGAAAGGAGCGCGGCUCGCUGCCCGGGAUGUUCGAGUGUCUGGUGAUACUGUACAUCAUAAGUUUGAUAUGGCACGAGAUGAAGUCGCUCUGGAACGAUGGGCUGAUGGAGUACGUCUCGGACCUCUGGAACAUUGUCGACUUCAUCUCCAACACGUUCUACAUCGUGUGGAUGAGCCUGCGCUUCACCUCCUGGUACACCGUUUGGCGCGACGCCAAGGCGGGCCUCAAUCCCUGGUACCCGCGCGAACAGUGGGACCCGUUCGAUCCGAUGCUGCUGUCCGAGGGCGCGUUCGCCGCCGGCAUGAUCUUCUCCUUCCUCAAGCUGGUGCACAUCUUCUCGAUCAAUCCGCACCUCGGGCCGCUGCAGGUGUCGCUCGGCCGCAUGAUCAUCGACAUCAUCAAGUUCUUCUUCAUCUACACGCUGGUGCUGUUCGCGUUCGGGUGCGGCCUGAACCAGCUGCUCUGGUACUACGCGGUGCUGGAGAAGAACAAGUGCUACCACCUGCCGAGCGGGCUGCCCGACUUCGACAACAACGAGAAGGCAUGCGCGAUCUGGCGCCGGUUCGCGAACCUGUUCGAAACGUCCCAGUCGCUGUUCUGGGCCUCGUUCGGGCUGGUCGACCUGAUGGCGUUCGAGCUGAGCGGCAUCAAGAGCUUCACGCGCUUCUGGGCGCUGCUAAUGUUCGGCUCGUACAGCGUGAUCAACAUCAUCGUGCUGCUGAAUAUGCUGAUUGCCAUGAUGAGCAACUCCUACCAGAUUAUUUCGGAACGGUCCGAUACGGAGUGGAAGUUUGCCCGGUCGCGGCUGUGGAUGAGCUACUUCGAGGAUGGCGAUACGCUGCCGCCACCGUUCAAUCUCUUCCCCUCGAUCAAAAACUUCACCAACCUAUGCAAAUGCUCGAACGACAAGCGCUCCACGACGAGCAUUAUUAAACGCAACCGGGAGAAAGCCCAGCGGCGCCACGAGAACGUCAUGAAGCUGCUCGUCCGGCGCUACGUGACGGCGGAGCAGCGCAAGCGGGACGACUUCGGCAUCACCGAGGACGACGUGAUGGAGAUCCGGCAGGACAUUAGCACGCUGCGGUACGAGCUGAUUGACAUACUGCACCAGAACGGUAUGCGCACGCCGAACCUGAAGCCGAACGAGAACGCAAUUGCCGGCAAGAAGGGGCGCGUGAUGGAGCGGCGCAUACUGAAGGACUUCCAGAUCGGGUUCGUUGAGGGCAUCCUGCAGGACACGUUCGCGACGCCGAGCGAGAAGCCGGCGGACGUGUUCAGCACCAUCGCGAAGGCAAUCGGCAACAAGUCGAGCACGAAGAAGAAGAAGCCGGAGGACUGGAAUGCGCUGGUGCGCCGCAGCACGGUCGCGCGCGACCCGAUCGGCAACUCGACCGAGGCGAUCAUGCGCCGCAGCCGGCAGAGCCUGCGGAAGCAGAUACUGGACAACUCGAACAAGGGGCUCGAGAUGGACACGGACCAUCUGGUCGAGUACAACCCGAAGCUGUCCGAGGUGACGCCGGUGACGCGCGUCGCCUACGUCAAGUUCAUGACGACCAAGAUGAAGAAGGACGCGGCGGAUGUGGCGGCGGCCACGGCCGCGGCCGAGGCGGCCGGCGCGAGCGAAACCUCGACCUCGACCUUCGAGAACGAGCGCCGCCAGACGUGGAAGCGCAGCUCGCUCAAGAACCUGGUCGACAUGAAGGACAAGAUCAGCGACCUCGAGGCGAGUGGGGAGCAGCCACCGGACCCGGACGAGCAGGAGGCCGCCGAGCCGGCUGAAUCGGCCACGGUCACGGUGGAGGAGCCGCAUCCCGCCGAACCCUCGCCGGAGGUGGAACCGCCGGAGGGGGUACGGGCGGAGCCCCGGCCGAAGGUGCGCGUCCGUUCGCCCAUCAUCGAGGACCCGAACGAGGAGCGCGAGGACACGCCGUGCUGUGCCAGCCCGCCACCACCGCCGGAACCGAUCCCCGAGCGGCCGGUGUCGCCGAUUCCGCCCAACAGCCCGGAACGUCAUCCCGUGCCGGAGAUUGAGUCACCCUCACCACCACCACCGUCGGGUACCAAAUCACCGGAAGUGCCUGCCCGCUGUCAGGACACGCUGUCGCCCACCGGUUCCACCAAGUCAACCGAAUCGGUCCGCCCCAAGCCGGCGACGCCCUCGUCCAAGGCGCCGGAGCGGCUCACGCUCAGCCCAACCCCCUCCGGCCCGUCGGAGGACACCGGCGGCCCGAUGGCGUCGCCCUCGAACCGCGGCAAGUCCAAGAGCACGGGCCGCAAUCUGGGCGGCUGGAUCUAGGCAAGGAGAGGGGUUUUUCUCCACCUUUUACAGAAGAUUCGCCACAGCGCUGUUUCGCUGCCAACCGCUGCGUUGCUAUCCGGGUUUGCGUUCGAUUUGCCUGACACUGUGCUCCACUGACUUAUUCCCCCCCCCCCCCUCCCCCAUUUUGCCCUGCCCGCAACUCGCUGCGCCGCCCUGUUUCCAAGCUGCCAUCCAAGCUGCUUUGCGUGGUCCAGCUUACCAACCCCGGCAAGCCGCUUAGCAUCGUUAAUUAGCGAUAAUUUGUUUGUUUUGCACUUUGAUUGGGCGAAAGCAAUGCGGUUUCCACCUAGCCCUUUUUGCCUAAUGUCGUCCCACAGCUACUGUGCGUGCCCAUGCCCAUCCAUUGACACACUAUCGAUUUUGCAUUUCGCUUCCCGUGCGCGGCUGAUGACGCUCGUUCGAAAACACCUUACUACACACAAAAAUUAUCGCCUCACAAAUUUAUGGCCCUGCCCCGUAGCCGUGAGCGUAGUAGUUGUGUUUGUUUUUCCUUCCCACUCCUUCCUUUUCUUCUUCUUCUUCUUCUUCUUCGUCUUCUUCCUCGUGUUUAAUCUCCCUUCCCAAGCGUAACGCGGCAAAGGACGCGAGCCGUCGGGCUAACAAUGUGCACGCUUCGCCAUAAUUGCGCCAUUUGUAGAUUGAGUGGACUUUGGUGGCGCUUUUUGGUCCUUCGAACCGGAUGCUACUCACAACAAGCUACACCGAAGUCACGUAGCGACACACACACACACACGCGUAAGGCCGGAUUUGGCAACGAUCACAUCGCUUAAUAAAUACGGCAACACAUGCAGCAGGCGUGCGUGUGCGAGCAUCGAAUGCUUCGUGCAUUUAGCAGCAAGGGGACGUCUUAGCGGACCAACACCCAGGAGUAUGCAUUAAUUAAUGUUACGGAACAAAGUUUGCUAACAUUGCCACGUACUAGGAAUUAGAUGUACCUUGUUUCCCCCACUUUUGAAUGUGUUUGUUUGUGUAUUAUUGCUGGUGCAACCACUACUACUACUACUACUACUACUACUAUUACUGUUACUACUUACAAUUUCGGUGUGUUUAUAACGCAUAAUGCUGUGGUACAUGCUGCAAUAAAGUAAACGCUGGACGCAUUAUAGACGCGAAUACAAAAUCCAUAUUGCGCCAGAACUCGUG